AUGUUUGGCGCUCUCAAUAGGUUUAUCGGACGACUUGAUGCUGAAACUUCCCAACAGAGCUCCAAUGGUCCCGGAGACAACUCGUUUGGCUUUCAAGUACUCCGCAAUAAGGACCCAGACUUGCCACUGGAGCCUUGGUUCGACUUCAUCAUCGGUAUAAAUGGUCGCUUGAUUGACGACCCUGAUCCUAGCCUCUUUGCGGCGGAAGUCCACAACUGCGCCGGUUCGAGUGUAUCUCUGGGGAUAUGGAGUGCAAAGGGCCAACGGACGCAUACAAUCUCCAUACCCGUCUCGAAAGAAAACCCAUCCUUGAGCUUAACAUUACAACUUGCGCCAUUGUCCACGUCGCAACACAUCUGGCACGUUCUAACAAUACCAUCACCUCUAAGUCCUGCCUAUCUAGCCGGAUUACUGGAGCAUUCUGAUUAUAUCUUGGGCUCGCCCAGCGGCACUCUGCGGGGAGAAUCAGCACUAGGUGAAUUGGUGGAAGAUCAUCUAAACCGAAGCCUUGUGCUAUGGGUUUAUAACAGCGAGUUCGAUGUGGUUCGAGAGGUUGAGCUAGUGCCAACAAGAGGAUGGGGAGGAGAAGGCGCAUUGGGCGCUGUUCUGGGCUAUGGAGCAUUGCAUAGGCUGCCUGUGGGCUUGGGCGAGGAAGUUGAAGGACCUGGCGAAGUUGUUUUUGACACUGGAGCCGAUGGUUCUGAAUAUCAAAAAGAUCAAGACGCAGGUGCCCCGCCUUCUACGGCGCCUACAGGAAACUAUCUUGUCCCUGCAAAUAUUGCUUCACCACCUCCAUUAUCUUCGCCCUCCGCUCCCCUCAAUAAUACCGCCCCACCACGAUCAGGAAAGUCAGCGCGCAGGAAUCGACAUGCUGCAGUCUCGCCAAGUCGGGGCUUUGACGAUUAUUUUGCAGAAGGGGAGCAGAAGAGUAAAGAACAAGACUAUGCGCCAUCUCGGAAAGGAACGCCGCUUGCACCACCACCGAAGGCUGGGGGACCAUCCAAUACAGUCGUAGGAGAGACCGAAGCUGCUGGGUAG